AUGGUGGAGAAGAGAGUUGAAGAAGACAAAGGAGUUGGGAAAAAAGAGAAUGUGGAGAAGAAGAAGCACACUGAUGAGAAAACAACCUCAAGUUCUAGUGAGACUAAGAAUCUAGAUGGGCUAGUUCCUUCCCCCGGGAGGCUUGUGGAGAGAAAGUUGAAUGAUAAAUUCGCUAAAUUCCUUAGUGUAAUGAAAUACUUACACUUAAGUCUCCCUUUCAUCGAGGUAGUUAUCCAAAUGCCUUCCUACUUUAAAUUUCUCAAGGACAUCUUAACAAACAAGAGGAAGCUCAAUGACGAGCUCAUUACCCUCCCUCAUAAAGUUAGUGCACUUAUUCAACACAAGAUUCUAAAGAAAGAGAAGGACCCGGGAAGCUUUAUUUUACAUGUUAAGAUCGGUAACAUGGAACCUAGGAGUGCCUCAGCGGAUUUAAGAGCGAGUGUUAUCUUAAUUCCCCUCUCCAUUGCAAAAAAUAUCAAUAUUGAAAUGAUUCCCACAAGAAAAACAAUUCAACUAGAUGACCGCUCGGUCAAACUCCCUUAUGGUGAACUUGAAGAUGUUCCUAUUGAAGUUGGGCAUAUCAAUGUGCCACGUGAUUUUGUAGUGAUGGAUAUGAAGUGGGCAUCACCUAUGCUAUCUCUUAUAUAUAGCAAAUGGGUUAGCCCGGUUCACGUAGUUCCAAAAAAGGGUUGA